UGUAUUUCUAAAUGAGAACUAGUUUGUUUACUAACAUUUUAAAUUUUUUAAUAAUAUAAGCUCAACUCUUCAAUUAUUGUAUACAAUACUGGUUUCAUACAAAUGACAGCCGCAGAUAUUAAUCCCCCAGAGAGUUACAACCCGAAUGGGGAAGAGUACGAAAUACCAGGGCCAGAAGAGCUGGAGAACUUAUACAUGAUGAUAGAAAAGGGAACAAUCCCGGAACUACAAUGGCAAUUUCCUGGACGGCAACAAAUUAACACAGAAACCGUAGCUCCCAAAGUUGAACCCACAGCAUCAGCAAAUACUGAAGAAGAGCCAGCAGCUAAAACUGACUUUGACUUUAGCGACGAUGUUACCCAACCACAAAUGAGAGUGAGAAAUCAAAAUUCUACUCCAAAGUCUACGAAAAAGAAAAUUGCAAACUUCGCCGGUGUUAUGGAAGUGCUUAAAAAGAAAAACGCAGAAGGAUCAUCCUAAUAAAAUGAAUGCCUCACAAAUAUAUAGUUUGAAUUACUAAUUACCCAUCCUUUUAUAGUGUAAAAAUGUUCACCAUAUUUUAAUUUAAUAAUAAUUUUCUAAAUGAAAGCUAAUAAAACUGACUAUUGAUAAACAGAAA